AUGCCUGCUUACCAUUCUACUUUUGCAGCCGAUCCUCAACAUGAUAGAUUUGUUGGAAAUGUGGCACUUUUGCCUUUGAAUACGAGGUAUAGAGGCCCCGCUUACCAGGCAAACACAGAUUAUGACAUUAUAGAUGAAAGCCUUGAUCUUUUCCGGGCCAAUUCGUUCUUCAGAAAUUUUGAAAUUAAGUCACCAGCGGACCGAAUUCUUAUUUACGGCAUUCUGUUUGUCAACGACUGUUUGGCUCAUUUGAGAUCCACGACGUCUUAUAACGAAGCAUUGAAAGCUCUAACAAAUUUGGCACUUGAUGACUUCGCGAUACCAGGUACUCCUGGAUUUCCUCUAAAUAACGUCUAUCAGGUGCCCCUUCAAAAUCACGCAGACGUUGAACUCUUGAAGUCUUACAUACAGCAGUUUCGCCAGGAACUUGCCAUGAGAUUGUUAGAGCGCAUAUACAGGGACUCAAAAGAAGCACCUUCCAAGUUUUGGCUUGCAUUUACAAGAAGGAGAUUCAUGAACAAAUCGCUUUAG